AUGCUCUCGGCCCUUCUCCAGAGCCAAGCGCUGUCACAUGAGAAGACUACCACUUCACCAGCAGAGCCGGCCCUCGGCACGCCAGUCGGAGGGGAUAUCCCGUCCAUCGAGCCCGAGAAUGUCUCCAGGAUGCGUCUGACGAUGCCGGCGGUUUACAUGCCCCUUGCAGGAGUCAUGUCCGCUGUCAACUCGCCAGGACAGGCCCGGGAGAAGUACCUCUGCCGCAUUGCUACCAAGUCUGACUACCUACACUACGACUACGAGUCUGCGAGGGCCGUCGACGACCAGACAUCAGCUGCGGACAAUAGCUCGUGCAGGAAACAACCCCAGCUGGACAUCAGUAACUGGACCGCAUGCAACCGCUGGAUCGCCGUACCUGAGUACACCCAUGCCUAA